AUGGCAAACACGCCGGGAGAGGCCGGGCAGAGCCUGCCAGACAGCCGGACCUUCCUGCCCCUCGCCAGCCUGGCCACGCUCAACCUGGGCAGCAACAGGCUGGGGGAGCUGGAGCCGGCGUUGCUGAGCGCCCUGCCCCAGCUCCGAGCCCUUCUCCUGCAGGACAACCCCUGGGUGUGCAGCUGUGGCAUCCUGCCCCUCUGGCGCUGGCUCAGCCUCAACAGGGAGAAAGUACGAGAGAAGAGUUUGCUCCUCUGCAGAGUCCCGGAGCAGCUGAACCAGUACCCGAUCAUGGCCUUUGGGGAUGAGUCCUUCAGGCAAUGCCAGGAGACCUCACUGUCCUCUGAACAGUACAUCACCUUCUUCAUCAUUGGACCAUUCUCCUUCAUUGCCAGCAUCUUCUUCUGCACCUUCAUGGGCUCGGUCGUGGUGUUUUACCACAGCCUGCGCAGGGGGUCCCACUGCUGGAGGAGACCCCGCAUCUGCAGGGUGCACUGA